GAGGUGCGUUGCGGUUUAAAGAAGGCUGCUUGGACAAAGGAGGAGCUGUCCGUUGGCCUGGGUGCUGAAAUAGAUUUCGAAGUAGUUGUGUCCAGUAGUAUAAUUUGAAACUAACGUAAGGCCGUGUCUACCGAAUAAUUAUUGAUUUGAAGAAGUUUGUGUAGCCUAUGAAGCAAAGGAGGAAAAUAUGGGAUUAUAUCACAUCGAGAAUUCCUUUGACGAAGACGUUUGCUUGAGGACUAUCCUUCCCUAAACUAUAUUCAGCAGUCCACCAACCUGAUGCAUUGGGGACCCUAGAGUGAACCAAGAUGCCUAAGAUCUGCACAGAGCAGUCUUAUCCCGCGCCGCUGUUCGGUAAACACACCUGACAACCUGGACCAGAUUGAGAGUGGCAGCAGCCAUGAGGACCAACUGGACCCCUCCUUCACAGGGACAGGAGGCAUGUCCAGGCUGUCUCGCUUCAUGGUGUUGGUGAAGAGCUGGUCAUCUCACAGUAGUCAGCCCUCAGAUGCCCUUCCUUUAGACUCAACCAUGAAGUCACACACAGAGUUCAGAGAAGCUUGGAGGGCAGAGAGCAUGUCCAGCACCAGACUCUCUGACCAAGUCCGCAGGAGGAACAACGGUCAAUGGCCCCUUGCGGCAUACAAUAUGAACAACUGCAACAACAAAGAUGACAAGAAGGAUGAGAAAAAGGAUGAUAAGAAACCUGAUCCCCCGAAGCCGCCUGAUAAGAAGCCGGAUGAUAAGAAACCUGAACCCCCGAAAGAAGUGUGGAUCAUUGACCCCGCUACAGAUAUGUACUACCAUUGGCUGACAAUAGUAGCUGUCCCAACAUUUUAUAACUUGAUGCUUCUGGUGCCAAGGGCUAGUUUCAAUGACCUGCAGGCCAACUACGUAAUACUGUGGAUGGUUCUCGACUACACUUCAGAUGUCAUCUAUUACAUUGACACGUUUGUGAGAUCUAGGACAGGUUUCCUGGAACAAGGAUUGCUCGUGAAGGACCCAGUGAAACUAAAAGAACGGUACAGAGCCCAGAAGCAAUUUAAAUUUGACAUCAUAUCGAUGAUACCUACCGAUCUUGCCUUCAUUCCAUACGGUUACAACAAUCCAGAGUUCAGAUUCAACCGCCUCGGCAAGAUGGCGCGCCUCUUUGAGUUCUUCGACCGAACAGAAACCAGGACGAACUACCCCAACAUUUUCCGAAUCAGCAACCUUGUGCUUUACAUCCUGAUCAUCAUCCACUGGAACGCCUGUGUCUUCUUCGCCCUCUCCAAAAUCCUGGGCUUCGGCUCAGACACCUGGGUGUACCCAAACAUCACUGACACCGAGAUGGGCCAGCUGUCCAGGAAGUACGUUUACUGCCUCUACUGGUCCACCCUGACCCUGACCACCAUUGGAGAGACCCCGCCUCCUGUCAGAGACAUCGAGUACCUGUUUGUCGUUGCUGACUUCCUCACAGGAGUGCUAAUUUUUGCCACCAUUGUCGGUAACGUGGGCGCCAUGAUCUCCAACAUGAACGCGGCACGCGCCGAGUUCCAGGCCAAGAUCGACUCCAUCAAGCAGUACAUGGAGUUUCGUAAAGUCUCCAAGGUCCUGGAGGCCAGGGUGGUCAAGUGGUUCGACUACCUGUGGACGGAGAAGAAGACCUGCGACGAGAAGGAGGUGCUGAAGAACCUGCCGGACAAGCUAAAGGCUGAGAUUGCCAUCAACGUCCACAUGGAGACACUGAGGAAAGUGCGUAUCUUCCAGGAUUGUGAAGCCGGCCUGCUGAUCGAGCUGGUGCUCAAGCUGCAGCCGCAGGUCUUCAGCCCCGGAGACUACAUCUGUAAGAAGGGCGACAUCGGCAGAGAGAUGUACAUCAUCAAAGAGGGGAAGCUUGCUGUGGUGGCGGACGACGGGGUCACACAGUGGUGUGUGCUGAGCGACGGGGCGUACUUCGGAGAUCUCAGUAUCCUGGGUAUCAAGGGCAGUAAGGCUGGCAACAGGAGAACAGCCAACAUCAGGAGCGUAGGUUACUCUGACCUCUUCGCCCUGUCUAAAGACGACCUGAUGGAUGCGCUCACUGAGUACCCUGACGCCAAGUACGCUCUGGAGGACAAAGGCAGGGCCAUCCUGAUGAAGGACAACCUCAUUGACGAGGAAUUGGGAAACAAGGCCGACCCCAAAGAAAUGGAGAACAAAGUCCUUACGAUGGAGACCAACAUGGAGGUCAUGACGAUCAAGUUGACCAGAAUGAUUGCAGAGUGGGCAACAUACCAGGCCAAGGUCAAGCAGCGCAUCAGCAACAUGGAGGCCAGGGUCAAACCCCUCAGGCAGGAGGAUGGAUGAGGUGAUGAAGGACACAUGGUUACAUGCGGUGUUACUACUCUACUCCACACAUUUGACAGACACGGACAUUAAGUGUUUAUUAAAUGUAAAUCUAUAGCCUAUACUCACUAUUUAGAUCUGGUUAGAUCUAAAUAGCUUUCCAUCCAAGUGGAUUAUAAUCAUAGACUGCAUUGUUGACUAGUCAAAAGCAGUGGAGGCUGGUGGGAUGCGCUAUAAGAGGAUGGGCUCAUUGUAAUGGCUGCAGUGGAAUGAAUGGA